AAUUCCAAGCCCACACUGAGUCCUGGAAUGUUGUGGUGCCGUGUUGGAAUCAGAUGUGACCACGUGGUCUUGGCUCCCCGCCUUGUGGGGGGUCAUGGUGGACCAGGCUGGUGGCCCAUGGUGAUGUCAUAAGCGGCUGGAAUGAGGGGAGGAGCGGUGCGUUCCGUGUUCCUUUGUGGGUGAGCUAGUGGUCAGAGUAGUUGGUUGGUUUGUUGCUCUUGUGCCUUUAGUGCCUUUAGUGCCUUUAGUGCCUUUUUCUUCACACCAUCGUGCGCAGCAUCUUGUAGGUAAGCUGAGCCGACGUGGGAUGGAUGGGUGGGCAGUGAGGUGUUGAGAACUGCAGGCUGUCAGAGCUCACAGCACCGAAUUGCUUACUCUUGACCAUCAGAUGUAAUUUUCCCCCGGUACACACAUUCCAAAGGGGGUAUCUGUAAAGGUGGCACCUGUUCGGUGCUUCUUCCGUCGUCUUCUUUGCUCAGUUGUGGAAGCAUUGUAAAGUUGCUGGGCGGACAGGCAUCACGUAGCCUGAGACUCAGCAUGUCUUGCAGCAAGUGGAUGGGAUGGUUGUGCUGUGUGCGUUAUUCCAUGGCUGUCUUAGCCCUGCUCACUGACCUGCUCUUUCUCUCUCCUCUCCUUGCCCUCCACCCACUGCCUCGGUGCAGCUUUUGCUCUCAUUACAUCUGAGCAAAGCGACAAGGAUCUGCUGCUGAUAGCGUGAGGUGAUCUCACUGCCAGGUACGUGCCAUGUUUUGUCCCCCCACAUGGUUUUGCCGCAGGGUAUGCGAGGGUAGUUCUGAAGAAUUGUACCCAUACUGUGCUGUGUGAAUAGAGAAAACAGAAGUGUGUUUCCGUUCUGUUCCAGCGUCUCACAGCUGCUGUGAUGGGCGUCACGUGCAGCAAGAUCAGCUGUGAGCCUGAGGUGGCAGCGACGGAGGUACAGUAUGAGGCUCUGUGUGGUCUUUGUUCCCUGUGUUGAGCCAGCAGAGGGAGCUGCAGAUGUACUCUCCUGCAGGAAAGAGUUGGCCAAAAAGGGCCUGGCCACCUGUCUGCGCCAAUGCCAUUGCUGAUUAGACUGUGUAGAGAGAGAUGCAUGUUUGCAUGGCCUGGCAAUGCACGCCAGGAAGAGAAACGACUGUUAUGAGACGUGCAGCUCCUUCUGAAGUGCUCCUGAGAAGGACGGAGCGCAUUUGCUGCAGCUUUCUCUGCAGAUGUGCUCCUCACCUUGAAAUACUCCUGGUUUGUCCUCAGCUCCUGACCACAGCCUGUGCUCUGUUUUGCAGGCUGAUAACAUGUGGAAGCCACAGCUGGAGCGUGUGGAGUCAUCUGUUAACGUUCCAUCGAUUGCGGCAGCCCAUGUUAUUAAGAGCCAUGUUGCCCAGGGACCAGAUGAGCUCUCCCUGGAGGUUGGAGACUUGGUGUGCAUAGUUGCUAUGCCACCAAAGGAGCUGAGCCCCUGGUGGAGAGGCAAGCGUGGCUUUGAGGUUGGGAUUUUCCCUGGUGAGUGCGUGGAACUCAUCAGCAGAAAAGUUCCCGAGUCCCUCAUCAAUUCCUUGCCAAAGCCUGUGCCGAAGAAACGGGGCAAGCUCAACACCUUCCUUCGUUCCGUGGUGAAAGCCCGCCCCAGGAGAGCAAAGCAGCCGGAGCCAGAGAAGGAAGGGGUGUUUGGGUGUGACCUGGGGGAGCACCUUCUCCGCUCUGGCCGUGAUGUCCCCCAGGUCCUGCAGAGCUGCGCUCAAUUCAUUGAGGAGCAUGGCGUGGUGCAGGGGAUAUACCGCCUGUCCGGCAUGGCGUCCAGGAUCCAGCGACUACGCCAUGAAUUUGAUAUGGAGCAGGUUCCUGAGCUCAGCGUCCGAGAACUUCACAGCGUGAGCUCCCUGUGCAAGUUGUACUUCAGGGAGCUCCCGAACCCUCUUCUGACUGAGCAGCUGUAUGCCAAGUUCUCGGACGCUGCUGGUGCUGCAACAGAGGAGGAGCGGGUGUUCAGAAUGAAGGACGCCAUCCAGCAGCUGCCCGCUCCUCACUACAGAACACUAGAGUACCUAAUGAGACAUUUGGCAUCUCUAGCUGGGAACUGCUCGAUCACCAACAUGGAUGCUCACAAUUUAGCCAUAGUGUGGGCUCCAAACCUCUUAAGAUCCCAGCAGAGCCAGUCUGCCUGCACCAGCGAAGGAGCUGCCUGCUUGGAAGUGCAGACACAGUCGGCGGUUGUGGAAUUUCUCAUUAGCCACACAGACAUCCUCUUUGGCUCCAGAUCCACGUCAGCCUUGGGAGAGGGAGCAGGUGAGCAUCUUCCCCCAUUAGUUUGAUCUUAAUCGAAUCCAGGCCUUCUCCAAGAUCUUUCAAAUACGCUUUGACUCUCAACGGGACAGGAAGCUUCUGGGCUUAGAUGAGAAUAUGGCAUCCUGUUGCUGGAUGCUGAGAAUGUCCAUGGCCGGACUUUACAUGGAGAAAACCAUCCCUGCCAUUAUGAUGUUUUGAAUGGGGGUGAAGCAUGAUUGAAGUGUGGCAGCAAAGCUUUCUGAGUUCCCAGACCUGUUUUCUAGGUUUGGUUUUUUUAAUGUCUGUUUCGAUACAGUGAGCAGCUCUUAAUUAUGGCUGUGUCCUUUGCCAUGAGCAUACCUCUGAGCACACGGUUACUUUGAGCUCCUCUUCUUCCAGUAGCUCGGAUAAGCAAGUCUGAGAGAAAUGCAGAACUGGGAUGGCUGUGCUGCUGCUUUCUGAUCUUCCCUCUUACCUGUGGUUUUCCCUUGCAGGGCAGAGUACUCCCUCUGGGCACAAGCCUGUGUGGGAGCCUCCUCCUGCCACAAAGCUGCUAACACUGCAGGAGGCACAGGCUCUGAGGAGAGGCCAGAACAGCGUUCACGAUGUGACACAGAGCAGUGACAUUGAAGUGGAGGAAGGCCCCGCAGCUGAAUCAGGGAGAUUCCACACGGUUAUUGAUUUUCCAUCUGAAAGGUAAAGAGGACUUCCCUUUCUAGCCCCUAUCAUCAUUGGUCAGGUGGGCUUUAUUCGUUUACUUUUUGUCCAUUAUAUCUCCAAGGAUUCAAUUAACACACAGUUGCCCGACAGGCUCAGUGGAGCCACACAAGGGUGCCUUUCCUUCCUGGUUGGGCAGGCAGUCACGUGGAAGGGGCAAAUGUUGGCAAGGGCUCGGUGCAGCUCUUCCCUCACCCUGCACCACGACUGACAGCGUGCUCUGUUUUCUCUCUCCAGACCAAGUGUGCCCAGCAAGAGAAAGGAGUCAGCAGCUGGCAGUUGGCGUUCCUGUUUCUGCCUGGGCAAACCAUCGCCUGAACGCCAACUGCAGAGCAGUGCCAGAGAGCCUUCAGAAGCUGAAGUUGUGGUCCUGGCAGGUAAGCAUGCAAAUCCAGCUUUCAAAACACUGCUGUCAGCAACACAGGUAGAAUUCAAGCUUUCAGUGGGCUUGUACCUCCUUCUGGCAUUCAAGCCCAUGCCCGACAUUCUCAGUUGAUCCCUUUCCCAAGUGAGUCUCUGGUGAACACAAGUGCUGGACCUGCACGAGGAUUACUUUCAAGACUGUUGGGGUACUAAGUUGUCUUUGUAAGGAUUUAUGAGUGCAUACAGUAGUUUUGAGUAGAUGGAGUGUUCCGGAAUAGCUGAGUUAGGCCUGUAGGUUAAGAGUUAGUGGGCAGGGGGCUUAGGUAGGUGUGUGUAUAGGUUCUCUCGCGUGCAUUGGGAUUUGCAUAGUGGGUGUACAUUUCUGUGCAGGAUUUAUGAUGGUAUAUAAGGAGUGUGACGCAGAAAUAAAUUGAGAGAAGACUUCAUAGCAUCCAUGUUUAUGUCUCUCUCCCCCGGAUGGUAGAGGUCCCGGGAUAAGUCGGGUUAAUUGGCGGUUACGUCACAAGACAGUGACACAGUUGCUAGAAGCCUAUUUGCUUCUGCCCACCACCACUACAUAGCCAAAUGGCAAGAACCUCUUUCAUGAUUCAUCUUGCGAAUGUUUGACACUAACCACUGUAUAUCUAUACCUUCCUAGGUGAACUGAGCCCUUGUGUACCCCAAAGAAGCAGGGCAAGUGAGGAUGGAGCAUCAUGUGCUUCCAUCAAUGGACAGCUUUUAAGAAGCACAAGUCGCAGCAGUUCGGAAGACAGCCUUCUACAUGACAGCAGUGCCGGAGAGAAGGAGGUCAUCGUUGUUCAAGCCCUCAUUCAUACCAUCCCUGCUGAAGGGGCUGACCUGAGCCUGCCAGACGCCACAGUCACCAGCCAGGACUGUGGCCUAGUGCCUUUGCAAUGCAGCCCAGCCCAAGCACAGCCUGAGUGCCCCGACAGCGACACCUCUGAGCAGGACCAGGUCAGCGUUACUGAGGAGCAGCCGAGCCUCUUGGAGGGGGACUUGGAGUCAGGCCUCCAGUCCCAGGCACCAGGCAGCAGCACGAGCUCUGAGCCACUCUCUCCUUAACAUCAGUAGAUGAGUCCCAUCUUUAGCCUGGACAUCUCAUGCUUUCCUUUCUCCUAUUGAAUAAAGGCACGCUCGUGCUCAAUCAA